ACACACCGAUCAUCUGAUGCUGUCCAAUAUUAAUGUUCAUUUUUAACUAUUAUGUUGCUGUUUAGAAAGUGAUACUGAAGGCCUCUGAAGAACCCAGAAAAUGCCUUAUUUUGGGUCGGAGGAGACGGUUAAGGAGCUUAAACGUGCUCUGUCUAAUCCUAAUGUUCAAGCAGACCGUCUCCGCUACAAGAGCUACAUCACUAAAGUCAUCAGGUACAUGACGCAGGGUCUGGAUGUCUCUGCUUUAUUCAUGGACAUGGUGAAAGCCAGUGCCACGGUGGAUAUUGUUCAGAAGAAACUUGUAUAUCUGUACAUGUGCACCUAUGCCAGCGAUAAGCCUGACCUGGCUCUGCUGGCCAUCAACACACUGAGAAAAGACUGUGCAGAUCCCAAUCCCAUGGUGCGAGGCCUGGCCCUGAGAAACAUGUGCAACUUCAGAAUGCCAGGAAUGACAGAGUACAUAGAGCAGCCCAUUGUUGCUGGUCUGCGGGACAAAGCCAGCUACGUAAGGAGAGUCGCUGUGCUUGGCUGUGCCAAAAUGCACAGUCUACAGCCCCGCACGGAGAUAGAUGGCAGUCUAGUGAACGAGCUGUAUGCCCUACUGAGGGACCCAGACCCAGUGGUGGUGGUGAACUGUCUGCGGGCCCUGGAGGACAUCCUGAAGGAUGAGGGCGGAGUGGUUAUUAAUAAACCCAUCGCUCAUCACCUGCUCAACAGACUGAAGGAUCUGGACAGCUGGGCUCAGAGUGAAGUGUUGACGUUCCUGCUCCGCUACCGUCCUCGAAAUGACGACGAGCUUUUCGACAUCCUCAGCCUGCUGGACCCCUUCCUCCAGAGCAGCCAAUCACAUGUGGCCAUCUCCACGCUCCGCCUCUUCCUCCAUCUGGCCGCCGCCCACCCCGCAGUCCAGGCUGACGCCCUGCUGUGCUCCAGUGCGCCCCUGCUGGCCACGUGUGGCGCUGCAUCCCGGGAGCUGCGCUUUGCUGGACUGUGCCACAUUCAGCAGGUGAUGCGCAGUCAGCCGGCCCUAUUCAACACACACUACAAGCGCUUCUUCUGCGGGUACUCGGAGCCCAGUUACAUUAAAUUCAGGAAGAUGGAGAUCCUGGUGGCGCUGGUGAACGAUGAGAACGUGGCGCUGGUGUUGGAGGAGAUGAAGAGCUACUGUACUGAUGUGUCUGCUGAACUGGCCCAGGCUGCCAUCGCCGCUAUUGGGCGUAUAGGGCGAACAUACAGCGAGAAGUGUCUGGAUAUCCUGACCGGCCUGCUGGCACUGAAGCAGGAUCACAUCACAUCCGCCGUGAUCCAGACCUUCAGGGAUCUGGUGUGGUUCUGUCCUCAGUGUACAGCCGCUGUGUGCCUCACUGUCGAGUCCUGUGUGGAUUAUCCUCAGGAUAGUGAGGGAAAGCAGGCUCUGUUGUGGCUGCUGGGCGAGCAUGCGGAUCAGAUCAGCAGCGCCCCCUAUCUGCUGGAGGUCUACAUCGACGGGCUGAAGACGGAGCUGUCUGCGCCGCUGAAGAUGGAGAUACUGACCGCAGCACUCAAGAUGUUCCUGAGACGCCCUGCUGAGACACAAGACAUGCUGGGCCGUCUGCUGCACUACUGCAUAGAGGAGGAGAGCGACAUGUGUGUGCGAGACCGGGCUCUGCUGUACUACAGGCUUCUUCAGCGGGGUAUUGAAGAGACGAGGAAGGUUGUGACGGGCCCUAAAUCAGACCCAUCUCUGAGUGUCCUUACUAGUGCACAAGAGGAGCCCGUCAGUCAGUGGGUCUCUAUUUUCAACACACUCGGCCCUCUGUCUGCAGCAGACCUACAGCUCCACAACACUGCUCUAUCAGCAUCAGAACACACCGACGACACUGCAGACACUGAGCUGCUCACAGAACACGUCCCCGUCUCCAUGCGGGACGUCUCAGAAGCAGGUGUCAGCCUGUGUGCGGGUGCUGCUGUGUCCCCCGAGGCGUUUGAGCAGAUGUGGCAGCAGCUGGAGGUCCUGCAGCGUCAGACGGUGUGUUUCUCUGGAUGCGCAGCGGACACACUUCAGAGCGCCCUGCAGCCGGUGCACAUCCAGACUCUGGCCUUCAGCCCGGCCCGCGCGCUACCCUGGAGGGCCUACAUCUAUAGCAGGGGCUCCGGGACGCUCGUCCUAGCUGAACUGCUGCAGGAUGACCCGGAGAUGCUGACGGUGACUGUAAAACAGCAGCCCGAACACCAGCAGACCGUCACUGCAUUCAUCAGUGUGUUGCAGAGCGUCCUGCAGACUCUCAAUACAGGACAAAUGAGUGUUUAAAUGAUUUGCUGUGGUGCUACACUAAUAAAAGAAGUCAACCUUUGGA